ACUGAGGCAGGAGUCCGCGAUAGAGGAACCACCUGCAGACAGCAGCCGCGCUCUUUCUCCACCAACGCCUCAACAUGUUACGGAUUUGAUUCACCACUGUAUAAACGACAAAUAUUUCCUUCAUACAGUGGGUGAACACACACUGUCGUGGAGAUGCAACAGUUUAAGAAUUUAUCGAUUUGUCUCAUUUCCCUUUUAUGUGGGUUGACAACUGGAGGGUCUCCAAGUGUUCAAAUUGGGGGCUUGUUUCCGAGGGGAGCUGAUCAGGAGUACAGCGCGUUUCGGAUCGGAAUGGUUCAGUUCGGAACGGCUGAAUUUAGACUGACGCCUCACAUCGACAAUCUGGAAGUAGCUAACAGUUUCGCUGUAACUAACUGCUUCUGUUCUCAGUUCUCAAGAGGAGUUUAUGCUAUUUUUGGAUUUUAUGACAAAAAGUCAGUGAACACAAUAACGUCGUUCUGCGGGACACUUCACGUCUCUUUCAUCACACCAAGCUUUCCCUUGGAUGGAAAUCAGCAGUUUAUCAUUCAGAUGCGACCAGACAUCAAAGGACCUCUCCUGAGUCUCAUUGAGUACUACAAAUGGAACAAGUUUGCCUACCUGUACGACAGUGACCGAGGACUUACCACACUCCAAGUUGUGCUGGACACAGCAGCAGAGAAGAAAUGGCAGGUGACCGCCAUCAACGUGGGCAACAUGAAGGAUGAGAGAAAGGAUGAAGCAUAUCGCUCACUCUUCCAGGACCUAGAAAACAAGAAGGAGCGGAGAAUCAUCCUUGACUGUGAGCAGGACAAAGUUAAAGAUAUCAUGGAACAGGUCAUAACUAUUGGCAGGCAUGUGAAAGGAUAUCACUACAUCAUAGCAAACCUGGGUUUUGUGGAUGGAGAUCUUUCAAAAAUCCAAUACGGUGGAGCCAAUGUGUCAGGCUUUCAGAUUGUGGAUUUCGAUGACCCCCUGGUAUCUAAAUUUGACCAGCGCUGGGAAGCCCUGGAGGAAAAAGAAUAUCCUGGAGCAGACAGCAAGAUACGGUACACUUCAGCACUGACGUAUGACGCAGUUCAGGUGAUGACUGAGGCCUUCCGUUACCUGCACAAACAGCGAAUUGACAUCUCCCGUAGAGCUAACACUGGAGACUGUCUGGCCAAUCCUGCUGUACCAUGGGCACAAGGGGUGGAGAUAGAGCGUGCCCUAAAACAGGUGAGAGUUGAUGGUCUCACUGGUAACAUUCAGUUUGACCAGUAUGGAAAGAGGGUAAAUUACACCGUCAAUGUCAUGGAACUGAAAAGCAAUGGACCAGUUAAGAUUGGCUAUUGGAAUGAAGUUGAUAAAAUGGUUGUGACAAAGUCUGAUCUCUUCCCAAAUGAUACAAUGGGGUUGGAAAACAAGACUGUGAUCGUCACCACUAUUCUAGAAGCGCCGUAUGUAAUGCUAAAGAAGAAUGCUGACCUUUUUGUGGAUAAUGAAAGAUAUGAGGGGUACUGUGUGGACUUGGCAGCUGAAAUAGCAAAACACUGUGGAUUUAAAUAUCAGCUGAAAAUAGUAGGAGAUGGCAAAUAUGGAGCCAGAGAUGCAGAGACGAAGAUCUGGAAUGGAAUGGUUGGAGAGUUGGUUUAUGGGAAAGCUGACAUAGCAGUGGCUCCACUGACUAUCACUUUAGUCAGAGAAGAAGUCAUUGACUUCUCAAAGCCAUUCAUGAGUUUGGGCAUCUCCAUCAUGAUCAAGAAGCCUCAGAAAUCCAAGCCUGGUGUUUUCUCAUUCCUGGACCCUCUGGCCUAUGAGAUCUGGAUGUGUAUCGUGUUCGCCUACAUCGGCGUAAGCGUGGUGCUUUUCCUGGUCAGUCGUUUCAGUCCAUAUGAGUGGCACACAGAGGAAUAUGAGGAUGGCCAGAUACAGACCAACGAAUCAACCAACGAGUUUGGGAUUUUCAACAGCCUUUGGUUCUCUCUUGGAGCUUUUAUGAGACAAGGCUGUGAUAUUUCACCAAGGUCUCUUUCUGGCCGCAUAGUUGGAGGAGUCUGGUGGUUUUUCACCCUGAUCAUAAUUUCAUCCUACACGGCUAACUUGGCUGCCUUCCUUACAGUGGAGAGGAUGGUGUCUCCAAUUGAGAGUGCAGAGGACUUAGCAAAGCAAUCAGAGAUUGCUUAUGGAACUUUAGAUUCUGGUUCAACAAAAGAGUUUUUCAGGCGUUCCAAAAUCGCUCUUUUUGACAAAAUGUGGACGUACAUGAAAAGCGCAGAGCCCUCUGUAUUUGUUAAGACGACAGCAGAAGGUGUAAUGCGGGUGAGGAAGUCCAAGGGGAAGUAUGCAUACCUCCUGGAGUCCACAAUGAACGAGUACAUCGAGCAGCGCAAACCCUGUGACACUAUGAAGGUCGGAGGGAACCUGGACUCCAAAGGCUACGGCAUCGCCACCCCCAAAGGAUCCUCAUUAAGAACGCCAGUAAACCUUGCAGUAUUGAAACUCAGUGAGCAAGGCACCUUAGACAAGCUGAAAAACAAAUGGUGGUACGAUAAAGGUGAAUGUGGAGCCAAGGACUCUGGAAGUAAGGAGAAGACCAGUGCUCUCAGCCUGAGCAAUGUGGCUGGGGUCUUCUACAUCCUAGUGGGCGGCCUGGGCCUGGCCAUGCUGGUGGCCUUGGUCGAGUUCUGUUACAAGUCCCGAGCCGAGGCCAAGCGCAUGAAGGUGACCUUUUCGGACGCUAUGAGGAGCAAAGCGAGGCUGUCUAUUACUGGGAGUACUGGCGAGAAUGGACGUGUGAUGAGUCCUGAGUUCCCCAAAUCAGUACAUGCGGUGCCCUUUGUUAGACCUGGUGUGGGAAUGAACGUCAGUUUGACUGAUCUCUCCUGAUGGAUAAGAACCUGCCGAGUGCCUUACACAAUGGUUUUCAAUAGAGUGCGUUAUAUUCUCUUUCCUGUCGCUCUUUCCCCUAUCUCUCACCUGAAUGGAGGACGGAGGCCUCAUUUGAUGUCACAGAGACAUAAUCCUUCCUUGGCCCUUUAUAACAAAAGAUGCACUCUUCUAGUGGAAAUAUGCUGACUGACACAAAAACACUCGAUUAGCGAGCUGAUGACAUCUACCCCCUGUAACAGAUAUUUUAGACAACAAACUUGAAACUCAUAGAAGCUCUGAGCGGAAAAGAGAGAAGUUAAUAAAGUCUGUCUGUUUUCGUAGCUGAUGCCGUUCCAAUGUCUAUUUCGGCUCAAGCACACUUUACCAUCGUCUGCUUCAGGAUGUGAAAUGUCUUUUUCUUAAUAAAACAAAAAUCUCUAUGAAAAAGUAUUUUUAUGUAUUUUCACAGAAAUGGCUUUUAAAUAAACCUGCUUACAUACCAGUUAAUUAAAGCUGUAAGUCAUAAUCUCAGCAUACUUUUAAGAGCUUAGCUACUAGUUUCACAUUUUAAUGCCAAAUAUGUUGCUUAUCUUGUAAUUUAUUAGUCCUCUUCUGAUAUAUUCAUUAACAUUUUGGUGUUAAUAUGAAAUAUCUAGCAAUGCUUGACAUUUGAAAUCUGUUUGAAAAGUGGGUGCCACAGUUAUGUUCUCUUACUUUCAUCAACUUGUUUGAUUUCAAGAAUCUGUUUGUAUUUUUUGUUUAUCAAGAAAAUCAGGGUAGCGGUUAUAAUUAUAAAAAAGAAAAAGUGUUUACAAUAUGAACAUAACAAAAAAAGGAAAAUGUUUUUAAAAAGUACCUAUUGUAUUAUUGCAUAUGUUUUGCUGUGAAAUGAAUAGAAGCAUACACAUCAACAAAAUGCUCUGUUAAAAAUGCCAAAUAAUUAAGUGUGCCAAAAUUAUUGAUAAAUAUAGUCAUAUAUUAAUCUGUCAUCAAUGUGAAUGUAGUCAAUACAUUCUGUAAGUUUUGUUACUAAAUGUACAGUUUGAUGGUAUACACAGUGAUUUAUCAAUAUUUUUAUUUAUUAUUAUAAUUUUUUUUUUACUUUAUAGCACUUUUAGCAUUCAGACCACAAUAUGGAUUUUUGUUUAUUUAUUUAUUUUUAAAUUUUCACUCUGCAUCUUGAAUUUGU